AUGUAUAAUGGCAGAACGGACCUGGUAGAGCAUGUCAGCCAUUUCAACCAGAGAAUGGUCGUCCACUCCCGAAACGAAGUCUUGAUGUGCAAAGUGUUCCCAUCUAGUUUGGGGCCCGUGGUGAUGAGAUGGUUUGACGGUCUGAGAGAAGAUUCUAUCAGCUCCUUUAAGGAGCUCACCAAGGCCUUUGGGGCUCAUUUUGUGACUUGCAGCAAGAUUCCUCGGCCUUUGGACUCUUUGCUGUCCAUGGCAAUAUGGGAGGGAGAGACCUUGAAAACGUACUCCGAUAGAUACUGGGAGAUGUUCAACGAGAUAGAUGGGGAUUUUGAUGACGUAGUUAUAAGGACUUUCAAGGUUGGCUUGCCCGCUGAGCACGACCUAAGAAAAUAUUUGACUAGGAAACCCAUCAGGAGUAUGCGUCGGCUCAUGGACCGCAUUGAUGAGUAUAAGCAAGUCGAGGAGGACCAGCAAUAG